GGGCGGGCCGGGGCAGGGGAGGGAGGCAGGCAGGGGCAGACGGAAGGCCGGGUGGCUGGACGGGCGGACGGACGGACGGACGGACGGGGUGGCUGUGGCGGCGGGCGGCCAGGCACACACACCGACCGACCGAUAGACGGACGGACGGACUCCCCGACUCCGCCCUUGCUCCCCAAAACGCCCCUCCAGCGCCAUCACCGCCCUCCCCCUGCCGUCGAGCCGGGAACAAAGAGUGCUUAGUUGUCACCCCGCGGCAGCCCGGCCCCAAAGUCUGUUUUCAGCCCUCCUCCCCAUCCCGAGCAGGCAGCGCCUGGGAAAGAGGGAGACAUUGAGCCCCCCACCCUCCCCCCGACCCCAGCUGGUCCAGCCCGGCCGUCCCCAGCAACCACCCUGGAGGCAGCCGCAGCAGCAGCCGCCGUGCCACCACCGCCGCCGCCGCCCUCCCGCCUGCCCCGGAGCUCCGGAGGCCCGAGGGACGCGUGAGCCAGCCCGAGAGAGAGUCAGCCAGGGCACAUGUGCCCGGCUUGGACACAGACUGGCUCAGUGUUUGGAGUCGGUUGGAGUCCUGUGCCCUGUGGGUGAUCUUGGGCAGACAGAUCAGGCAUGAGCCAUCAGGACCCCGAAGCUGCCCACACCGGUAUCUCCCAUCCCCCGCGGCCCGCGCGCGCGCCUCUGUGUGAGCCCCCGGCCGGAGCUAGCCCGCCGGAACAUGCAUCUGGAGAUCAAGGUCGCCCUGAACUUCAUCAUCUCCUACCUGUACAACAAGCUGCCCCGGCGCCGCGCCGACCUCUUCGGCGAGGAGCUCGAGCGGCUGCUCAAGAAGAGGUACGAAGGCCACUGGUACCCGGCGCAGCCCCUCAAGGGCUCGGGCUUCCGCUGCGUGCACAUCGGGGAGACGGUGGACCCCGUGGUGGAGCUGGCGGCCAAGCGCAGCGGCCUGGCCGUGGACGAGGUGCGGGCCAACGUGCCCGAGGAGCUCAGCGUCUGGAUCGACCCCUUCGAGGUCUCCUACCAGAUCGGGGAGAAGGGCUCCGUCAAGGUCCUCUACCUGGACGACAGCGAGGGCGGCGGGGCCGGGGGGGGCGCCGCGGCCGCCGAGCUGGACAAGGAGAUCCGCAGCAGCUUCAACCCCGACGCGCAGGUCUUCGUGCCCAUCGGCAGCCAGGACAACUCCCUGUCCAACUCGCCGUCCCCGUCCCUGGGCCGCUCCCCCAGCCCCACCUUCAUCCCCCGCUCGGCCCAGCCCAUCACCUUCACCACGGCCGCCUUCGCCGCCACCAAGUUUGGCUCGACCAAGAUGAAGAAGGGCGGCGGGGGCGGGGGGGCGCCGCCGCCCCCUCCCCAGCAGCCCCGCCUGGCCCGGUCCCCCACCGACACCCUGCUGAGGCAGAAGGGCCUCUCCCUGUCUAUGCAUUCUCUGAACUUCAUCGGGGCCGGCCCGGCCCCCCAGUCCCAGCUCUCCCCCAAUGCCAAGGAAUUCGUGUACAGCGGGGGCUCCCCCAGCCUCUUCUUUGACGGGGGGGCCGACGGGCCACCCGGCGGCACCCCCUUCGGUGGCCCCGGUGGCGGCGGCGGCGGCGGCGGCGGCUCUGGCGGCUUCGACGUGGCCCAGGUGUUUGGAGGUGGUGCCAACGGCCUCUUCCUGGAGAAGUCGCCCUUCGUGGAGGGCCUCAGCUACAACCUGAACACCAUGCAGUACCCCAGCCAGUCCUUCCAGCCCGUGGUCCUGGCCAACUGACCACCCGCAGGGGGCAGGGGAGACCACCGCCACCAAAAAGAGAAAGGAAAGGAAAAAAAAAAGGAAAAAUAGAAAUAUACAAAAAGAUUUCCCAUCUUCUUCCUUCCGGCCUCUCCACAAGGAGGCGCCCGGCCGGCCGCCCGCCCCUCCCUCCUUGGCUGGCUGCUUGGGGGUUGGAAGGUCUGGAUCUCGGUUGCCCCCCAUGUCGCGCUUCUCGUACCCUGCCCGGAGAGCAGGCCAGGGAGGGGUCGCCUCUUGGGGGACAAGGUUGGGGGUCAGACCCCCCGGAGCUCUGCCCUGGUCUGGCCAGUACUGGGCGGCGGCGGGCCAGCCUUCCCCGAUGCCUCGGGCGGGGGGCCUCUGCAAAGGUCAGCAACGCUGGGGAGGGGACGGCCCUAGAGCACCCAGGUCAGCGGGGGGACUCGUGGCAUCGGGGCCUCGGCUGCCGGGUUUCCCAAACACCCGCACGCUCAGACUGACCAAAAACACAAACAGGUUUUGGGCCCCGGGCGAGCGGGCCAGGGUUGGGGCACCCUUAUUGCACAGCACGGCCCGCAGGGUCCAGCCUUAACCCCACUGCUGGGGCCCCGAGCAGGGCCCGGAGGCGGGACAAAAUUCGUCCCCCCUCGAUCUCCGCCCUUCCUUGGCCUUGGCUGCCCCCCCAGCCCUUUCUUCAUUGCUGCCUUCUGGGGGGAGGAGCCCUCGGCCCGCCCUGUGCACCCCCGGGCGGGCACAGGGCAUCCAGGCCAGCCUUCUCCCUCUCCACCCCCACCUCAGCCCCUGGUGCCCCGGCGCCACGGUCCCCUCUGCCCGUCGGGCAGGCCAGCACUACCUCCCCUGCCAGGAAAGCCCCUGGGCCUGCCCUCCACACUGUACUCAGGGUCGAGCCGGGGCCGGGCAGCCCCCUCCGCUGCCCUGCGAGCCGGCCCACACCGAAGCUGCACUCGCGGCCCUGCUUCCCUGCCUUUUUGUGGCGUCCCUUCGUGACGCCUCAUUUGCUACGUUUGUAUGACGCGCCAGACGGGCUGAUAGAGAAUAGUAAUAUAUGUAGAUUUCUAACGGAAAAAUUGUACUUUUUCUUUGGGAGAUUUUUUCUUAAAAAGAGGAGAGAAACUUUAAAAAACCUAUUUUUUCAGGAAAAAAACCUUUGGAAAAAAGAGGAGAGCCUCGAACCCCCUUCUCCCCUGGGCCCCCCACCCGUCCCCAAGAAGGCAUCGCACCCUGAGGUGGCUUGUCCUGUCCGACGGGGCGCAGCGGGGAUCCCCAGGAGGGGCGGCGGAGCUCCUUUUUCUUUAGCCAAGGCACAGUCUGCGGCAUUCAGACCGUCGUGCAUGUUGCGGAAGGGGGCAGGGAGCAGCGCCCCGGCCCGGGAUCAAAUCUGUACAGUUUCUAUUGUUUCCGAUUUUUUUAAGUUUGUAUUAAAAGCAUGAUCUCGA